UGGUAACUAAUUAUUAAACUAUCAACUACAUGUUUACAUAGGUAUUAGUGUAUUACCGUCUACCAUAGAUUUUUGUACAAUCUAUGUGAUACUAGUAUACUAUUACUAUUACUAUAUAGUACAGUCAUAAUUUCAAAUUAGCCACAGAACUGUUAUGCAUUGCAAUAUUUUUUCUUAAUGUUUGUCGACAAAUAAUAAUUUAUAUUUUACAAAUUACAAUUUAUAUUUCACAUUAUCUAAUAUAAUAUUGAAUAUAUCGCUAACAAAAAAAUAAUAUUUUGUCAAAUCGUAUAGUUACCGAUACGGUGAAACUUAUUUUAAGUCUCUCAAAGACAGUAGAAGUAAAAGAUUUUUUGUUUUGAUUUACUAUUUAAUUGUUACAUUAUUUGCCAUGGAUCAUGAAGAUUUUACAGACCCACGAAAAAUUAACUUUCAAAACAACCGGUUAUGUUAUGUUGGCCAAGAUGUUACAAGUAUUCCAGAAAUACUGGGUAAAAUGUAUGGAUCCAAAGUUAGGUCUUUGGAUCUGASCUUCAAUAGUUUGACUACUCUGAAUCAUUCAGAGCUAUUUCCUGAUUUAGAAGAGCUCGUUUUAGAUAACAAUAAUCUAGAUGAUACUGUUAAAUUACCUUAUUUACCACAUUUACAUAUACUCUCAAUGAACAAUAAUAAAAUAACGGUCUUAGAAAACUUGGUUACCCAAAUAAAAUAUAAUAUGCCUUCUUUAAGAUUUCUCAGUUUGAUUGGAAACAAAGCUUGCCCAACACAGCUAAUAGAUUUUGAAAAAGAUGAAAACGAUUAUAAAAGAUAUAGGUAUUUUGUUUUACAUUAUUUGCCAGAACUGAGAUUUCUUGAUUCAAGACCAGUUACUGAUGAAGAACUUGAUACUGCAUUAACUAAAGGCGAAUUCACCAAAAUUAUACGCCCAGUAAGUAUGAGUUUUGGUAAUGGACCACUUCGAUUUGAUUGGAAAUCAUCUCUUGGAUCUCAAUCUCGUGCAGAUACUUCAAAUAUUUUCCCCCCACUUGCUGUAUCACCAACACAAGAAAUACAUCAUCAAGCUGCAUAUGGUCGACGUCGAUACCGUUAUGCUGGAAAACAUUCAGAGGGCAACCGUUUUAUUUUAAAUAGAGAUUUAUAAAUAAUGUUAAUUAAAUCAUAAUUACAACUUACAAGAUCAAAGAUAUUAAAUAUUAACAUAAAUAAUAUUAAGUUAUUGACUUUCAAGACAUUUAUAACCUUAAGACACUUUAAAACAUAAAGCGGGCUGCCUGCGCGGUCUCUGUAAAAUAAUACAACCGGAUCACUGUCUGCCGCGGUCUGUGUACAAUGAGUACCCAUUAGAUACGGAAACCCGCUCUCUGUUUGACUGAGCCUUUAAUAAUUAUUAUAUUUCUACAGAACUAUCUGUUUGGUAUCCAUGAGAGUUUAAUUAAUAAUAUUUUAUGUAAAAUGUUAGUAAACAUGAGAUCGAAUUUAUUAGAACUGCAAAAACUGAAGUAUUCUUUCUUUAUAGUCUAUAUGCCAUGUAUAAUAUUUCAAUAGUAGAUAUAUGUAUGAUAUAUGUUCAUUAUUCACAAUUAAUUGU